GAACCAUUGGUAAAUUUAAAUAUAAAAUUUCUACGAAUGUGGAAAGACAUACGUUUAUUUAAGCAAUAUGAAUGGUUAAACAAGGUUAUACAUUAAAACUUUUUACUAAAACUAUUCAUUUAUGUUUUCUAUGAACUAUUGCUUUUAUAGGCUAUAAGUAUAUCUACGAAUGUAAAGAAGUAUACAACUUAUUUAAACAUUACAAAUAUAUAUCCUAUUGUACGUUUUCAUUGGACACAUUUUGAUUUGCAGCUAUUUAGCUAAAACAUGUUUAAACAAUAAUUAGACUUCACAUACAACCCAUGCAAUAAAACCAAUAGUUUUCGCAGUAUUAAAGCUUCACUUUAUAGGUUAUUAACCCUUUCCAGUAUCUGUUUUUACACCAAACAACCAUGAAGGAGUUAACAAACGUAAAGCAAGUUCUAAGAUCUAAGAUUCUAAGUGGAAACCACCAGUCGAAAUUUUGCCAAAAAAAUACGAGCUCAAAUUAAUGCCUGACUGGUUGUGUAAAAAUCAUUUUAAUACACCCCGUUGCUCGACGAAUGUUUUUAAAAAGAAAAUAUAAGAACGUCUUUUAAACCAAUAAAAUAAUGCAAUAAACAUUUGGAUUAUUUACUGAUUACUGGUUUGUUAAAUAAUAAUUGGUUAUUACGCAAUAACCAACUGGUAAAAUUUGCAGUAUUUUUUGGGUUACAAAAGUAGCUAUAGUUAAGUUUCUGGUUUACUGCUAAAAUUUUUAAUUUACUAUUUCUGCCUGGCGGCAAGUGUCGCUAAGAUGCUCAAUACGCUUGGAUUUAAACAAUAAAAGACACAGAACCGAUUUGAAAAGAAGUAUGUACGUUUCUACUCAGUAUCUUGCUUCUUCGUGUAACCAGUGCUUGCUUGCUUUAUUUAAGCAAUGCGUUGCGGUUAUUAACUUAUUCCCAAGCACUGUAGCAACUUGUCUGUUCGGAUUUACAAAAGUCCUGUUCGUUUCUCUCUUGGCGUUUUCCGUGUGGGUUCGAAACUUUUCCAAUGCUGAAUUCGGGACAUGGCUUGCUGCUGUUAUUUGCUUCUGUCUAUGCGUCCACGCCAUUAGUAAAAGCACUUGUGAAAUGACUCCUGAAAAGAGUUUAAAACUAAAAGAAGACUGCAGUACCAAGUGGUUAGAACACGAACUAAAGUCACAGAAAAGUAUAUGCGAUGCAUUGGAACAUGUAAGAGCAGCAUUGACGAGCAAAUCUAUCCUUGAAGAAGAAACAGGAAAGACUAAUGAACAUUUAAAAGCUCGGCUUCUAGAAUUGGAACAGUUCAAUGUCCAGUUGAACCAAGAGGUUCAGAUGUUAAGAAGAGCAAAAGAUGAUGUAGAGAUGAAUUUAGAACGUAAACGACAUAAGUUAAAUGAGGUCAAGGGUGACUUUAAACGCAAGGUAGUCGAGUUAGAAGAAGCCAUGCACGAAGUACAAAUGGAAAAGAAUAAAAUAAAGACAGAAAACGGAGUGCUGAGUAAAAGUUUAGAGCUUGUUAAGCAACGGAAUGAAGAGCUUUCAAUCAGACUUGACAACACUGAAAAACACGUGAUUCUUCUUGGUCACGAAAAUUCCACUUUAUCCAAUCAGCUGGCAACGCAUGGUGUUGCGCGAUCGUCUGAUUUGGAACGCAUACGCCAAUUACAGACGAUGACUCAGCGUCUGCAACACUCGCUGUCAUCUGCAAAAGGUAAACUGACGAAAGUCGGCGGGAUGCUGGGUGCAGAUACUAGCUUACCUGCAAACUGAAAAGGCAGAGGACAAUUCAAAUGUGUUAUCUUCUAACACCAUUUACACAUACAGGGAAAAUUGACGAGAAUAAAUUACGCAAA